AUGGUAAUUCAGGAAGCUAUAUUUAUUGGUGCUAAUAGGCAUAGUCAUGUUAGUGAUUACUAUAAACCUAAAAGUUUAAUUGCAUACGGUGCAGGUUCAACUAUUGCACUAUGGCGUCCUUUGGACCAAAAGCAUGGAGGUAUUCACUUAACCCUAAAAGGACAUGCUUCUGAAGUAACUUGUGUUCGUUUUAUUUCAGAAGAUAAGUACAUGGUUACUGCUGCUGAGGACUCCCAAGUAAAGAUUUGGAAAGGCGAUGAUACAUGGGAAUGUAAGCAAACUCUUCAUCAACAAAACCGUUCUAUCACAUGUUUGGCUGUUUCUCGUAGGCUCAUUAUAGCAGGCUUUGCUAAUGGUCAGAUUACUAUUUGGAAGGAAACAGAUGAGGGAUUCCAACUUGGCUUAGAGUUUAACACGUCUAAUGCUAUUUUACCACUAACUCUUGCAGUCUAUCAACUUGAUGAAAAUGCAUAUCUUUUAGCAGUUGGUGGAACUACCGCUAAAGUUCAAAUAUACUCUCUUACUACAGGCGAUACUGUUAAGUGUGAACUUUCCGCUUCAUUGGAAGGACAUGAGGAUUGGGUUAAAUCAUUGGCGUUCCGUACUAAUGGUGUGCAUGAUAUAACCCUGGCAUCUGCUUCCCAAGAUAGGUACAUUAGACUUUGGAACAUUAAGAUUAAUGAGAAGAUUGAACCUGAGGAGCCUGGAAAACUGACACUCUUGACCAAUAGGAAAUAUAAAUUUAGAGCUACGGAACACUUAUCAGUAGCCAUCAAGUUUGAUGCCUUAAUAAUGGGACAUGAUGAUUGGAUUUCGUCACUGCAGUGGCACGAAUCCAAACUGCAAUUGCUAGCGUCAACUGCAGACACUUCAAUGAUGGUCUGGGAACCAGAUGAGCAUUCUGGUAUUUGGGUAUGCUCGUCUAGACUAGGAGAAAUGGGAUCUAAAGGCUCAUCUACAGCAACCGGUUCUCCUGGUGGGUUUUGGUCUUGUAUUUGGUUUUCAGAUGGCAAUAAUGACUACAUUUUGACCAAUGGUAAGACCGGUUCUUGGAGAAUGUGGAAGUCUGAUGGGUGUGGUGGGAUUUGGGAGCCGCAAUUAGGUAUCACAGGUGCUGUUAGACCUGUUACUGACGUUUCUUGGUCUCUAGAUGGAAAAUAUUUGCUUGCGACUUCACUGGACCAAACAACUAGACUUUUUGCUCAGUGGAAAAUUGAAGAUAAAGGUUCCAGUGCAAAGGCUAGCUGGCAUGAAUUUUCCAGACCUCAGAUUCAUGGUUAUGACAUGAUUUGUGUCGCUCCAAUCGAUAAUACUCAGUUCGUCUCUGCGGGCGAUGAGAAAGUCAUUAGAUCUUUUGAAGAGCCACUUAGUGUCGCUCGUCUACUUGAAAAGUUCAGCAACGUGAAGAUUGACGAUUCUGCCAAGUUUGCUGAGACAGCUGCAUUGCCGGCGUUAGGUUUGUCAAAUAAAGCUUCUAGUCAGCAAGAUAGCAAUCAAGACGAAGAUCCGGAUGUUAGAGAAACUGCAGACAAUAAAAACAUCUCAUAUGAUGUAGUAGCAGAUUUGGAAACCCCACCUCUUGAAGAUCAAUUGCAGAGACACACUCUGUGGCCAGAACUUGAAAAAUUGUACGGUCAUGGUUAUGAAAUAUCGUGUUUGGAUGUAUCACCAGAUGGUAAACUGAUCGCUUCCGCUUGUAGAUCUAACAAUGCUCAGAAUGCAGUUAUAAGAAUAUUUGAUAUCACUACUUGGCUAGAAAUUAAGCCUCCUUUAGCAUUACACAACCUAACUAUAACGAAAUUGAGGUUUUCAAAAUGCAGUAAGUUUCUACUAAGUGUCAGCAGAGAUAGGUCUUGGGGCUUAUGGUCAAGAAACAGCGACAAUACUUUUGAAUUGAAGAACAAGAACGAGAAGGCACAUAGUAGAAUUAUCUGGGACUGUGACUGGACAACUACAGAGCUUGGUAAAGCAUUUAUCACUUCAUCAAGAGAUAAGACAAUUAAAUUAUGGAGAUAUAACGAUAGUAAAGACGAUUUUGAGGUAGAGCAGUCAUUGAAAUUUACAGAACCUGUGACCUCGGUAUCCGCAUAUCCAAGACUAAUUUCAGGAAAACUGAUCAUUGCAGUUGGGUUAGAAAGUGGUGGUAUUUCAAUUCAUACUUAUGAGGAUAGAUCGUUUAGUGAAACUGUAAACGUUGACGAUUCAAUAACUCCAGCGGGAAAGAUUAAUAGAAUCAGAUGGAGCAAUUUAGAAGCUGAUGGCAAACUGUUGUUAGGUGUUGCUAGUGCCGAUAAUUCAGCACGUAUAUACUCGUUUGAGCUUCGAAUUUUUAAAUAG